AUGGCGGAUAGAAGAAAUACAUGGAAUAGCCACCUGGUUUUAAGGUACCAGCUCCGUGUUAGUGCUACCAAGGCUGAUACCUCGUUGUUUAUCCGUACAUCGUCUGAGAAUGUAGUGCUCCUUAUGGUGUAUGUUGAUGAUAUCGUAAUAAUAGGCAGUUCAAACGCUGAGGUGGAUAGUAUGGUUUGCCAACUUCAUCACAAAUUUGCCCUCAAGGACAUGGGGCAGCUAAGUUUCUUCUUAGGCAUUGACGUGCAGCACAUGUCUCUAGGGGUGUUCCUUAGUCAGAAAAAAUACAUUUUAGAGAUACUUGCUAAGACCGACAUGGAAGGAGCAGCAGCUACUCCUACACCUAUGAUAAACACUCCAAAAUUGACUACUUCCGAUGGCAGUCCUCCUUUCCCUAAUGUUCAUUUAUAUCGUAAUUCAGCAGGAAUGCUUUAG